UGUGUAAUCACAAUUACGUUUUUUAUCUUAUCUCUGCCUCGUGUUAUAUAAAUGUGGCAUUAAGGAAAUUGAACACUCUUAGUGGCAUUUCUGUCUUUGAAUUGUUAAGGUUUCCCUAAUAAAACCAUGGAGCAGUGGAAAAAUCGAGUUGCGGUUGUAACUGGAGCUUCUGCAGGCAUAGGAGCAGCUAUUGCUGUAGACCUCGUAAAAGCGGGAAUGACCGUUGUGGGAUUGUCCAGAAGGGUUGAACGAGUAGAAGCCCUAAAGGAUAAACUCCCUGGCAAUCUUCGAGUCAAUCUUCAUGCCAUGAAAUGCGAUAUAACACAAGAAGAGGAAAUAAUAAGAGUAUUUGAGUUGAUUGAUGCAAAAUUCAAUGGAAUUGAUGUCUUGAUCAACAAUGCUGGAUUACUUCGCAAGACUGCCCUCAUAGACAAUGACAAUUCCGAUAUCAUUCGAGAGAUUAUUGAUACUAAUGUGAUGGGUUUGGUUUUCUGCACCAGAGAAGCCUACAAAUCUAUGGAGAAGCAUGGAAGAAAUUCCCAUGUUGUUCAUAUCAAUAGCGUUGUUGGCCAUCAUCUUCUGUGCUAUCUCGACCAGCCGUCUCAAAAUAUGUAUCCUGCAAGCAAAUUUGCAGUAACUGCCAUCACUGAAAUCCACCGUCAGGAGUUCAUUAGGAGCAAACAUCACAUCAAGGUGACUUCUGUGAGUCCGGGAGUUGUGAAAACAGAUAUCUUUCUCCCAGAACACAGAGAUUUAAUUGCACAAGGACCACAUCUUCUGCCAGAAGAUGUUUCCAAUAGUGUCUUGCAUGUUCUGGGAACCCCUCCGCAUGUUCAAAUCCAUGAAUUGACCAUCAAACCAUUUGGAGAAGUUUUCUAAACACUUUUAGCAAAUAAAGAGAAUGAAUUAA